AUGACAGAUAACCAAGCGAUGACGGAGAUAUAUGAGAGGAUGUUUAUAAGUUGUGUUGAAGAAGAUAGAAUCAGUAACUUGCCUGAACACUUGAUAGACUCAAUCUUAGAGUGGCUCCGAAUUGAAGAUGUUGCAAGGACGAGCAUUAUAUCAAAAAAUUGGAGAUACAGAUGGACCACAAUGAGAAAGCUGGUUUUUGAUAAGCCAUUCUUCAAAAAAAUUCUACAUAAGAGAGAAUUGGGACGUAAUGGAUUUUUAAAGCUCAUAAACAAAAUCUUGAUCCUUCACAAUGGCUCUAUCUCGGAAUUCUAUCUCUAUAUACCAAACAUGUUUCUUGAGAAUUACAAAAUAGUUGAUCAAUGCAUGCAACUCUUAUCAAAAAAAGGUGUUAAGGAACUCGUCCUUAUGAAUUCAAAUAAACGUUACAAUCUUUCUUCUCAUGUGUUUUUUUGUCCAGAGUUGACAAAGUUAGAACUGGAGAACUGUUUCUUCAAGCCACCACUUGAGUUCCAAGGAUUUCUCAAUUUGAAAGAACUUUAUCUCCACGAUAUUGAUUUUGGGCCUAAUAUGUGUGGAACUCGUAUUAACUUGCCACAGCUUGAGGAGUUGUACCUUUUACUUUGCAUGAAUGUUUACAAUUUCAACAUCAACGCCACAAAGCUGCUGAGUUUGAAUGUUUCCUAUUGUCCAGAUGCCAUGUUGCUCAGAUUAUUGGACAGUCCAUCCAUUAUUGAUCUUCAAAUAUCUUCACAGGCACCCAAAAAGGGUUUGGCACCAGUGGAAAGAACCAAUUUGGCAAGGAUGUUAAGUAACUUGCCCAUAAUUGAACUUUUAGAUGUUGAUUGUGAUUUUUUUAAGUAUGGUAUCGAAGAAAUAAUUCCAAAGUGGCUUCCACAUGAGGUUAAGAGUUUAAAGUGUUUAGAGUUGCAAGAUAUUCAACUUGGUGAUAUGUCUCAACUUCAUGGUGUUCUAUGCUUGCUUCGAAACUCGCCAAACGUGGAAAGCCUGUCUAUGACACUUUCAGAUUCAAAGGAUCCAGGAGUUGAUGAGGUACGAGCUUCAAAUCAUUUAGAAUCCCCGAACUGCUUGGAUUAUACAUUAAAUAAGCUGCAAAACAGUGAAGAUAACAUCUGUAACAGGAUCAAGACCAGAAAUGCUUUUUAUAAAUCUUCUACUUGCUCAUUCCCCUUCUCUUAA